AUGUUGGAGAGGGAGAGCUUUAUCGGCUUCAACAUCAGACUAUCCGGAACGGCACAUCACUUAGAUGAAUCUGGAGGAAAAGCUACAGGUACUCUUCCCCAAAAAAAUUGUCUUUUCCUUUCUGAAACGUCCACCGUCGCCGAGGAAGUGUCCAAAUCACAACGACAGGAUUUGUUCGCAAUUCGUUCUUGCCCUGUCAUCGUGAACGUAAUAUCUCCAACGCUGUUCCUUCCUGAAUUCCGAUGA